AUGCAAUCUAAAGACAAUGAGUUGGAAACUCAAGUCUCUGACUCCUUAUUGAGAGAAUUGAAUUCCAGGCUUGUAACUAAAAUUGAUAAGCUUAGAAGAGAGAAGAAUUUACUUAUAAGUAAAAAUACUAAGCUCUUGGCUAGGAUUAAUAAUCAGCAAAAGCUUAGAAACAGAAUAGUGAAAUUGGAACAGAACCAAUGCAUCGAUACUAAUACCAAAUUAUUAGAUGAUAAAACAAAUUCUAAUGAUACUUCUGAACAGAUAAUCUCAUAUAAUAAGAAGUCUAAUUCUGACAUAUACCAGGAUUUGGUAACUCCCACAUCUCUUACAGAAACCAUAUUAUUUGAUUCGCAAAGUGACUUACGUCGCCUGAAAGAGAAGAAUGUUUCCAUAUCUGAAGCAGAGAAAUUAUUACUUAAUAAAGAUUUAAAUAUUCAAGAUACAAAACUUUCUUCUUCUGAAUCUAAAUCAUCUAUUAUCUCUUCAUUCAAUCAGAAACAAAGUGCUAUUUCUUCCGAAACAAAAACUCUCUAUAGUCAAAAGGUUGAAAAAGGUUUAAUAUGUGAGUUAUCUAUAUUUAUUAAUGAGAAAAGCCUUUCGAAUCCCAUAUCUGAUAGACAAAUUCUUGAAAACAUGCUAGAUAAAGAUGAUUCAACUCCAGGUUCUGCAUUGCAUUUGGCCUCUUUAUUCGACAAGGCUAAAAAAACUGGUCAAAAAGAAAUUUUAUGUUGGUAUUGUUAUAGUAAAGAAUUCAAAAAAAAGGUAAUAAACAUUAGCUUUAAAAAUGAAUUUAAUGAUCAAAUAGUAAGAACACAGAUUUAUAAUAAAAUGGAACUAUUUCUUUCUGGCAUCAAGAGAGAAUAUUUGCAUAAGAAAACUUAA